AUGGCUCCGGCGCCGUCGGGUGCUGCCGUGCUGGGCACCAUCUACACGCUCAUUGUACUGGCAGCUCUGGUCAUCGCGGCGCGCAUUUAUCUUCGCAUCGUCAUUCAGAAACGAAGACUACUGGCCAGCGAUUUCAUCAUGAUACUAGCUUGGCUCUCAGCAGUAUCGACGUCAGCUUUUGACAUUCUCCUCAAAAAACACGGAGCAUUAGAGGCCCACAUUAAUUAUACCCUCACCAACUACGAGGCAGACUCAGUAGAAGAGUUUGAGCAUGUCAUGAAGAUGAUCUGGGCCUCAGUCAUCCCAUUCUUCACCACCUUUUACCUCUGCAAGGCUGCUCUUGUUUCAGUCUACCUCCAACUAUUCCCGCCAUUCAUGAAAAAGAGAAGGAUGCUAUUGUGGGUAACAAUUAUUUAUUGCGUGAUUGCCUACGUCGUAUCGAUUGCGCUGCAGUUAUUCCUCUGCUUCCCUAUUGAGAGAAAUUGGUCAAUCAAAGAGCCUGAGAAAAUAUGCCCCGAAGAUGAUCUCAAGCUCGUUUUUGAGGUAGCUUGGGCCUUGCACUUCACGGGAAGUCUUGCUCUCUUUGCCCUUCCUUUUCUUAUCCUGCAAAAUUUAAACAUGCGAACCAAAACCAAGGUUGGAGUCUAUUGCGUCUUUCUUCUUGGACUCAUCGACAUUGCCUUUUCCUUGACACGGUUCUUGACAGUUCUGCUGAGCAACGAUGGUAGCUUCCGGGCUAUCACAACAAUCGAACUAUGGAGCGCCUUGGAUGUUUACGUCGGGCUCAUCAUUGCCUGUCUCCCCUCCCUUCGUCCCUAUCUCCGCCGCAACUUUGGAGCAUCUUACCAAUACGACUACAACGAGUCAGGAAGGGUCACGAAAUCGACAGUCACUCGAAGGCCAGGCCAAAGUGGGUUCGAGGAGCUUGGCGAAGGUCCCUACGCUGGGCCUUCAACGAGCGGGAGCCGGGCGAUAACCAGCCGUCAUGCUGCAGAGUCAGCCGAGUUUAGCACCGAUGUCGAUGACGACAAGAAGAGCAACAGGAGCGAUAUUGAGCUUGUUAAUAUUAAUGUUGGAGCUAAUGGCAAAGAACGAGCCCAUGCCUAA